CAACUAUCGUUGCAGAAGCAUUUUCUACAAAACCAAGUUACCAGUCCUAUUGAGGCUUUCCAAGCCUGAAGCAUUCUUCGAGUGCCAAAGUUCGCAUUGCGGCAAAGAAAAGUAUUACAGCAAAGAUGAAAUUCCUUCUUUCAAUAUUGUCAGUCGCCUUAGUCGUAGUCUGCGUUUCAGCAGAUUGCUAUCGCCAAAUUGGAUGCGAGGACAAGAAAAGAAAAUCCGAAUAUGAAUAUGGACAAAGAUGGAAGCCUUCUACAAAUCCCUGUUACAGAUGUUCUUGUUAUGAAGCUAAACGAUACGUGCUUGGAUGUCAAAAAGCGGUAGAAAAGGAAUCCUCACGGGCGUUCAGUGUCAAGAAGAGUGCUUUCAUCGCUAGACUCUACAAACUGCCCACCGAACAACAAUUCGAAGACAUUGAAAUAACAAGAGAGGAAGCCAAAACAAUAGAAUGCGAUCCUGUUCCUGGGCCAAUCUUUAAUACCAAAACAGAAAAAUUUCAAAAUCGUAUUUAUCGUAAUGUCUAUUAUUAUUAUACAGAAAAGCAAUCCCAGUGUUGUUCCAGAACUAUCGCAUACAGAUCAAUUCAUCCAUCAUGCGAAGCUGUCCAAAUAUCUGAAUGCAGAUGGAAAGUGGUUCAAAAAGACCAUCCGACCGAACCAUGUAACGGUCCAAUGUCGUUUGUGGGCUAGGACGUUUUUCCUGGCACUUGACAUGAUUGCAAUCAACUCAAUAUGCAUUGUGUUAAGCACCAUAUUCUUGGUGCAUGUUCUGUAUCUGAUGCUUUUAUUACAGCAAAAAGUUCCAUUAAAAGUUCUAACGAUGGAUAUUAUAUCGAUUUUAAGCUUUAACAGCUACAGUAUUUGAAAUUUGUUUUGUGUUCUAACCUUAUAUUUACCACUGGAUUAUAAUCGGCUAUGCAUGGUGAAAUAAUAUUGCUUAACAAUAAACCGAAUUUUUCUAGCUUGAAUCCAGAUUGUUCCAAACUACACAAAAUGCUUAGACGAGUAUAAAUUACGUAUACAAUUUUGCGUUGAUUUUGGGUAUAAAAAUGCUGGUCGUGUGUAUUAUUUUUCUUGUAUUAAAUAUUUCAAAUAAAAUUAUAUUUG